CGCUAUUUCGAACGAAUGAAUUGUAUAACAUGAUUCUGGAUCGAAAACUUCGCUUUUAAACGUCAUGUUUGCAACAGAAACUUUUCGUUUUAUAAUAAUUUAUUUAAUUUAUUAAUCGCAAUGACGUGUUCGCAUGCUUUAUUGGUAUUUAUUUUUGUAACCGCGCGAGUUGAUUGUUUUAAUUUGGAGAAUAGAGAUCCCAUUGUAAAACGUGGAGUUGCUGAUACUUAUUUUGGAUUUAGCGUUGCUCUUCAUAAGUCUGAAAUUAGUUCGGAUAUAAAGCAUAGUUGGUUGCUUGUCGGUGCUCCUUUGGGUAAAAAUCUUCAGCCAAAUACGAAUUUCUCCGGUGCCCUGUUCAAGUGUCCACUAGACGACUUCAAAAGUCAAACCGAUUGUAUUCAAGUUCCAACCGAUGGGAAUAGGCUGGCCAGCGGGCAGUAUGUGCCGAGAGGUUUUGACUACGAGGACGAUGACGAAGAAAAGAUACCGGUCAAAUUGCGGCCACCCGGCAAUGAUGAAAUUAAGGACGGUCAGUGGAUGGGCGUCAAUGUGCGUUCGCAAGGAGCAGGUGGUAAAGUGAUGGUUUGCGCGCACAGAUACAUUUGGAGUGAAAAUCUCGACUCAAACCAGUACGGCUUGGGUCUGUGUUACUCGUUGAACAGUCACCUGGCAUGGGAGGACAAAUGGGAUCCGUGCAUGGGAAGGCCAAUGUUACAGGAACAUCAACAAUUUGGCUACUGUCAGGUCGGUACCAGUCUGGCACUUCUAAAUGAUGGAACCGCAGUGAUUGGUUCGCCAGGCCCUUUCACCUGGCGGGGUACGAUAUUUGUUACAGAAAUCGCGGGCGAAUUUCUACAAAGAAAUAAAAAUGUUUAUAUCGGCCCUUUAAAUGAUAGACCGGAACCAAUUAAUAAGUACAGUUAUUUAGGCAUGAGUGUCGCGGCUGGAAGAUUCUUCGACAAUCACAACAGAUCUUACGCAGCUGGCGCUCCACGUGCUGAUGACCACGGAAAGGUAUUCAUAUUUAAUAAGAAUACCACGAAAAAAUCCGAGCUGGAGCUGGUUGUUGAAUUUGCAAUCGACGGGAAGCAGUUCGCUUCCAAUUUUGGUUAUGAAAUUUUAGCUGCCGACUACAAUAACGAUGGCUACGAUGAUCUACUGAUUUCCUCGCCGUUCUACUUCCAAGAUUUGGUCGGCGGAUCGGUUUACAUAUAUUACAACGUGCGGAAAUGCAAUUGGACCACUUGCGACAACGAUGCGGUGCUGCAAGGCAAACUAGAAUCUCAGUUUGGCAUCUCUCUCGCUAAUUUGGGAGAUAUUAAUCGAGAUGGCUACAAUGAUCUUGCGGUCGGUGCUCCUUAUGAGGGAUAUGGGAUGAUUUACAUUUAUCUGGGAGGUAAAGAUGGCCUAUCAACCACUCCGUCUCAGAAAUUACAUGGGUGGGAAAAUGCCUAUACGUUGGGCUACUCGCUUAGUGGCGGAAUGGAUAUGGAUAACAAUGGCUAUCCAGAUCUGCUAGCGGGAGCUUAUGGUUCCGAUGCAGUUGUACUAUUCCGAACGCGAGCAAUUAUCGACAUUAAAACAGAGGUAACCGGAAAGGAAUUGAAAAAUAUCAAUACCGCCUACCUAGGUUGCGAGGUGGAUCCCGACUCACAGGAUAAAUGUUUCACCUUCCGAGCCUGUUUCACUAUCACUUCGGCUAAAAGCGGAAUUGACGAAGUUAUUGUCCGUUGCCACAUUAAGGAGGUUUUAGAGAGAGGGAUAUCCAGAGUAUGGUUUAAGCACGAUGAUGAUGAGAACAUCAAGCGCAAUUAUCAAACUAGGUACUUCACGCUGCAGCACGACAAGGAUGAAUAUUGCCAACAAGAAACGGUUUACUUCCCCAACACUACUCGCGAUAUUUUAACCCCUAUCAAGUUUCGACUGAACUACACGAUCUCAAACAAUAUUCCUCAUUCGGCCAUACUGAAUCAAACUUCCAUCAAGGACUUUGCAGCUACAUUCCAGAAGAACUGUGGAGGCGAUGAUAUCUGCCAGAGCAAAAUUAUUAUGAACGCCAGUUUGCUACUGAAUGAAACUGAUGACGGCAAAUUCAUACUAAAUCUUGGCGAUUUGGAGGAGUUCCAUCUGGAAAUUAACGUAACGAACGAAGGCGAUCCUGCCUAUGAAGCAAAAGUGUUUGUGUUCCAUCCGUUAGCGGUGCGGUACAUUGAUAUUGUAAAUAAAUCGAGGAGCUUCAAGUGUUCGAAACGGAACGAUACAGUGGUCUCAUGCGAUUUAGGUAACCCUCUUCGAGCCAAUCGUUCUUUGGCCCUACAGCUAAGGUUCGAAACGAGCGAGGCGCAUAAUCAGUCAAAAACGAGCUCGGACGACGAAUUCCAAUUUAUUGUUUUUACAAACUCAACGUCCGAGGAGCUAUCGAAUCAAACCAAAUCGGUGCUGAACGCCUUGAUUAGCCGGAAAGCCGAAGUUAAGAUCAGCAGUUCCUACUUUACUAAGACGGUCGUGUACAGUGGAGAAGUUAAAGGAGAGAAAGCAAUGAGAACGUUUGAUGACGUUGGAAGCGUCGUAUGGCACUCUUAUCAAAUUCAACAGCUUGGUCCGAUGGCUUACGCUGAUAUAAGGGUUACAGUAUCGUGGCCAUGGCAAGUGGGUAAUGAUAAACCAAAUGGAAAGUGGUUGUUGUAUUUGGAAGAAGUGAAUAUUACAGACGGAAGGGACAAGGAUUAUUGCUAUGUCGAACCCGACAACGCGAUUAACAUUUUAAAUUUGGAGAAGAUGUCGACAGAUCCCAUACCCGUUCCAAUUUACAAUCGGAGCAGCUCAUAUGAAAACAAAUCGGAAACCAGAGUUAAGACAUUCGAAUCCACCGAAGAUCAUCUCACGAAUUCCUUCAGCUCGUUUGAUACUCAAGAGAAUGAAGUGGACGACGGCAGUUCUUUUAUCAGUAGACUUAUUAGAAGACGCAGAGAGACCGACUACGUGGUUCCGACUACGAUUGUUACAGGAAAGGAUAACAAGCAAAGGAAGGUUGUCACUAUGGACUGCAAGGAGCAUACGGCCAAAUGUAUAAAAAUUCAUUGCAUCUUUCCCAAAUAUCCCAAAGGGCGCCUUUCGACGAUCUCGAUUAAGUCGCGCCUGUGGAAUUCGACGUUCGUGGAAGAUUACAGUCAGGUCGACUGGGUGCGUAUAUUAUCAUACGGAAGUAUUGGCAUCGAAGAUCCCGACAUCCACCAACACGAGCGGAGCAUUCCAGUCAUGCUGAUUGAAACGAACGCCUAUCCAGACUUAUCGAUACAACUGGACACUGGAGUCCCAUUAUGGAUAAUCAUUCUUGCAGUUGUAGCGGGCUUGGUGUUACUAAUAUUGCUGAUAUUCGUUUUGUGGGUGCUCGGUUUCUUCAAAAGGAAUCGGAUCAAAGACCCGACUUUGUCCGGUAAUCUUACGAAACAAAGUGAGCAAGAGACCUUACUUAACAAGUGAAGUGCUCGGUCGGCUUAUUGGAACUUAUUCUAGUCUGAUUUUUUUGAACAUGAAAAAAUGAAAACUGUGUCUGUACAUACCAAAG